AUGGCACCACUUAUAAACAGGUUUCCAUUUGUAGCUACUCAUUUGAAGAGAAUGAUAGCUAAGCUGAACGCAAAUGAUGAGAAACACACAAUAAAAUCAUGGUCACGUGCAUCUAUGAUCAUACCCGAAAUGGUGGGCCAUCGUAUUGCUAUUCAUAAUGGAAAAAAACAUCGUCCUAUUCAAAUAAAAGAUGCCAUGGUAGGCCACAAAUUAGGGGAAUUUGCACUUACACGUGCACGUAAGCCACAGAAACCACAAAAUGUGAAAAAACCUGCAAAAAAGGGUAAAUGA